GCAGAGUACACCGGAAGUGGAAAGCCUCCACUCCCGGAAGCGCAGGUGUUCCGGCCGGGCGGCCAGUGGCCGCAGGGAGAUGGCUGCUGCUGCCCGGCGCAGGAGGCAGCGAUCGAGCUGCGCGGCGGCUCCGGCCUCCUCCCGGCGCGGGGGAGCGGGGUGAUGGGACCGGGCCGCUCGCCCGCCGCAUUUCCAGUUGAGGAAGGUGCAGAGCAUGGAGAAUGAUGAACUUUCGCCAGAGGAUGGGAUGGAUUGGUGUGGGGUUGUAUCUAUUAGCAAGUGCUGCAGCUUUUUACUAUGUCUUUGAAAUAAAUGAGACUUACAACAAACUAGCACUGGAGCACAUUCAACAGCACUCUGAGGAGCCACGAGAAGGAACCACAUGGACACACUCCUUAAAAGCACGACUGCUGUCCCUGCCUUUUUGGCUCUGGACUAUUAUAUUUUUAAUACCAUAUUUACAGAUGUUUUUGUUCCUUUAUUCCUGUACAAGAGCUGACCCCAAAACUGUGGGCUAUUGCAUCAUUCCAAUCUGCUUGGCUGUUGUUUGCAAUCGGCACCAAACAUUUGUAAAGGCCUCUAAUCAGAUCAGUAGAUUACAAUUGAUUGACACUUAAUUCAAUCUCCGGUUUCAAUAGCUGCUUCAGGAACAACACCUAUGUCUGAUCUAAUCAUAAGACUGAAGUUCUGAAUGGAGGUUGGAAAGAGCCUUUCCUUUCAAACGGCUAAAUACUGAACAGUAGCUGCUUUCUAUUUUAAAAAAAACAUGCUUUUUUAAAGUAUGGACCCAUCAUACUAGCCAGAAUAGCAGAGCCCUGUGAGACUUGAUGCCUUAUGAUGCAAAACUGCCACCCUCCCUAUGAAGUAUCCUGGGGAAGUAUGCUUCUGCAAUCAUACAUACUCCACUGUGCAAAUAAAGAUUACGUGCAAGCUUUCCCUUUGAAUCAAUGAAAAUGGACACUUUUGUGGUAAAUGUAAAAGAUUAGAACAUGCUGAUAAAAGCUGCAUUUAACACAUUACUUUGCUUUCUCCUUUUUUUAAAUACUACUGCAUGCUACAAUUCUGAAUUAUCCUUUUAAAAAGAUGAGAAUGAAGUAUGGCUGAACAGCUUUUUAGUGAGGAUAGUCCUUUUCUGUCUCAUAGUCAGUGAGUUACAGGUUGCACAAUACCAUAUUUUAUUAGGCAGAAGUUGGGGAGUGGUCUAGGCCCAGAGGUGUGAUGCCUUUAACAUCUUUUCACUGAUGCCAAAGAGAGGCUGGUAACUGGCAGUGGACUGGAGGUUCUACAAAACUCAUUUUUCUUUAUUUUCUUCUCCAUACUUUUCUCUUAAUGGUAACUGAGUUCACUACUGUUGUGUUUCAUUGUUUGAGUGGAACUAGAACAGCUUUUGGUGAAUCAACUGUGCAUUGGGGAAUUAUUAUAAAAAUGGGAGAAGAUGUGUCUAUCAACUCUUUGCUGGAAAACCAGUGAGAUGCAAACAAAUAAAAGGCUACAAGGAUAUCCAGUCUUUCUCCCAAUUAACAAGUGAGCUAAAUAAUCCCACUAAUACAAUGAGUACCUGAUUUAUUUUCCAAAAACAUGUAGAAGUAUUACUGGUGGUUGUCCUAUAUCUUAAUUUCACUCUCCAUUUUCAGUGACCUUUUUGGCAUAGCAAGUAAUUCUGACAAUUGGGUUAUCAUGCUAUUAAUUUAGAAUCAUGGAUUCUAAGGCUAGAAGAGAUUGCUGUGAUCAUCUAAUCUGACCUCCUGUAUACAACAGGCUACAGAACUUCCCAAAAAUAAUUCUUUGACGAUUUUAGAAAAACAUCCAAUCUUGAUUUAAAAACAGUAAUGGAGAAUCCAUCAUGAUCCUUGGUAAAUUGUUCCAAUGGUUAAUUACUUACUAUUAAAAAUGGCCACCUUAUUUCCACUUUGAAUUUGUGUAGCUUCAUCUUUCACCCACUGGCUCGUAUUAUAGCGUUCUCUGCUAGAUUGAAGAGCCCAUUACAUUUUUUUUCCCCAUGCAGGUACUUAGAAACUAUAAUCAAGUCACUUCUUAAUCUUCUCUUUGGUAAGAUAAAUAGAUUGUGCUCAAGUCAUUGGUUCCUAGGAUAGAGUUCCCUAUCAUCUAAAUAGGGCCUACAUUCUUUUUCUAAGAUAUAUACAUUUAGCCAUGUUAAAACACUUAUUAUUGCUUGUGCCCAGUUUGUCAAGCAAUCAUCAUCUGCUCUGAAUCAGUAACCUGUCCUCUUAAUUAUUUACCACUCCCCCAAUUUGUGUCAUCUGCAAACUUUAUCAGUGAUGCUUUUAUGUUUUCUUCCAGGUCAGUGAUGAUGAUAAAUACCAUAGGGCAAGAACCGAUGCCUACAGGACCCCACUGGAAAUACACCCGCUUGAUGAUGAUUCCCCAUCAAAUUGAACCAUCCUAUUUUAGCAUGCCAUAUAGGCGCUUACUUGGUGGCCCUUUGGUUUUAGUGGAAAUCAAAGUUUCUGUCGUUGCUACACAUUGUCAAGGAGUGCCCAUUAACCAAAUUCAGCAGCAGGCUCUGAGAGUUCCACUUGGCCACUGAGAACAUUGCUUGGCUCGGCAAAUUCACAAAGGCUAAAUAAAGUUUCUAGCCCUUGGGGAGAUAACCUUGUGAAUGUUAAACCAGUGCAGUGCUGAGUCUUCCAAGAGGCAGAAGCAAUAGGCCCAAGACAAGAUAAUUUAUACCCCUUUUUGUGUCAGUUAUGUGAAUUCCACUAUAAUAAUAAAAGUUAACAUUCUACUGUACUGCUGGAGCAGAAACAUCCACCUGUUCUAGGACUGCCUGGAUCUUGGGGAGAUUACAAUCACUUCUCCUCUAGCUGUGCUUUCAGCGUUACUGUAUUUAAACACAGCAGCUAAAACAUUCUUAAUCUUUCGUUUGCAUAUGGAGCAAUUCUGUUUCUGUGGUUUUAAAUGCCAGCAUGGGUGCUAAGAACUGAACAUACAAUCUACCCUUUACAAGAAAGCAAGUGUAAUAAGUUCUAAUUGCAAAGUGUAAUACCUAAAGAAGGAGUCUUGAAAAAGUGUUAAGUAGGAAUGGAAGAAUCAACUUUCUAAAGGCAGAGCUUUAAUACUGUGAUACAAUUUUCUUAAUUUUUUAAAAUCUGUUUAAACCUAUAUAAACUUAUUUUCCAUGUUUCUAAAACUGGAGUAUCUUCCCUACUUUCUGUCGUUACAUAGGGACCAUGCAGAUACCAGUGAGACAAUAGUUCCAUUCGCUGAAAUAAGAUGUUUCUAAUACUGCCUUGAAAAAUUCCUUUUGAUUGUUUCCUAGUUAGCCUGACAAAGCUGGCUACUGGGAUUGCUACCUGCCAGUGCUUAGAAGAAGCUCCACUGAUAGGCUAUUUCCCAGUGCUUCCUAGAAUGUCCCUUUGUCUACACUUCUGGCAACACAAGUUAACAAUGUCAAGAAGGGUACAUGGCUCAUGCCACCUCUGCCUUCAUCUUCGAAAAUUCAAACUGGUUCAAUAAGUCUGAAUCCUUUUCUCUUAAACUCUCUUCCUUUACUGUAUAGGAUGUGAACCACUGUGCCGAUAGGUCUGGCUGAAAUGGUGUAAUUUUAAAAAAAAGUACAUCUAGAACAUGAAUUUCAAAGUUGCCAGGUACAAAGAAGAAACUAGAUCUGUGCCUCUGUGGGUAGGAUCUUUUGCAGAAGAAUGGCCUAUGAGGGAGGAAGUUUCAAAGAGUAACAAAAAAGGUAGUCUGAUUCAGUGUCAAGCAAUCAAGUGGCCUUUCACAGAUUAGUCAGCUCUUCUGUGUAACAGGCUGAGCCUUUCUGGAUGGGGACAGCAUACAGUCAUGAUUUCAGUAGUUGAUCAUGGAAGAAGGCAGAAUCACUUUCUAUUUAUACUAGUGGAUCCAGAGAGCAUCUGCUGUGGAAAUAGCUAUGCAGAGAAAUGCACGAACUGUAACAUAAUUGGGGAUAUUUAUGAAAGAUUUGAUAUUAAGAGGGCUAGUGCAGAGACAGCUCACCAAUAUUUUACCACUUUACUGUCUAGACCUGCUUUGCUCAGGAUUAGAGAAGAGGGUGGUAGAAAUGCAGGGAGUUAGUCACCACCAUUUCUAGCACCAAGGGAGCUGUGUCACUGGGAGAUUUCCUUAAAAUUCAGAGUUGGUAAGAAAUCAAAAUGAAUAUCAAACUGUCUAAACAGCUAGUUUAAUUAUAGAGUCAUCUUUAAAAAGUAGUUUAUCUUAAAGGCUUUUAGAUACUUGCUAAUGAGAUUCUCACAUUCAUGUAGAAUCACAGCUUCUUUAGAAAUUGCAUAACUUUAGACUUUUAAAAUAAUCUUAGCUUGUGUUAGGGAAUUUUAUCAGUUGGCUUUAAAUACUAAACAUUUUCUAAGAGGUGGAAAAGAAAUGAAUUACUGUAAGUUUUGAAGUUCAUAAUUAUGGUACAAAAACUUCUUUUUGGUCACACUGUUCAUCAGAGAACAGCUCCUAUGAAGACUACAAUAAGAUCAUGGGAAUAAGACUACAGUUCUUCAACUUGCACUAGAAAAUAGGAACUGCUGUAGAAGAGCACAUGAGAAAGCUGUGAAGUCCAAUAUCUUACCUUUGGUAAUGGGUACAGUAAAACCUCAGAGUUACUAACUGACCAGUCAACCACACAUCUCACUUGGACCCAGAAGUACACAAUCAGGCAGCUGAAAAGAUGGAGGGAAAAAAAAGCAAAUAAAGUACUGUGUUAAACAAACUACUAAAAAAUACAGGGAAAACAUUUUUCUUCUGCAUAGUAAAGUUUCACAGCUAUAUUAAGUCUCUUUUCAGUUGUAAACUUUUGAAAGAUCAACCAUAAUGUUUUGUUCAGAGUUACAAACCUUUCAGAGUUACAAACAACCUCCAUUCAAGAUAUGUUCAAAACAGUGAGGUUCUACUGUAAUACCUGAAGUUUCAAAAAAAAUCUUAAAAAAAAAAAAAAAAAAAGCUGUUUGAUAGGCCUUUCACUGCAAGGCUUUUUCUGUGGCUAUUUCUGGCAUACUUAUUGUUGUAGCUGGUUCUUGGGUCUCUUGUCCAACGUUACAUCCUUGUUGAUCAUCAUCUCUGGUUUGACAACUUUGCAAAUGCGGAGUUUGGUGUUCUCUUAGCCUUAAGAAUGUGUAUUAACUACCAACUCUAGUCUGACCUCACCACACAUGCAUGGUGUAAACUAAUGCAUGAAAAGAUUAACUGUUUUAACUAACACCAUGUGUUUCAUUUUAAAAAGUUUGCAUCAGCUAUGGUUCUACUUAAGCCCUAGAAUGCAAGCUCAACUCUUGCAAGUGACUGAGUUAUUGUGUAAACUAGCAACUUGAGCAUCUUAUAAUUGCUACUAUUUUUUAAGAAUGCAUUUCUUGAACUUUUGUGUCUUUUGGGACUAAAUGCAUUGUGAAUGAAUAACUUUUUUAAUCAAUAAAACCUUUAAAAUUUU